CUAGCUUAUGUUUAUCAGCGGCAGUUCAGGCUUCGUUUCAAACAAACUUUUGAUGAAAUACAACCUAUCGGUCACUACUCUGCCUAUGAUGCGCGACAGUAUUCGAAGAAGGCCAUUUGUAUGCAGUGGUACUUGCUCGCAUUCCAUCUGUCAAAAUUCUCACAAAAAGGCACCAUCUUCAUCACGUUUGACUGGAGAUAAAAGUUGUGGUACUAUAAAAAAGAAAACCCUAAACAGACCAUGUUCUGAAGAUAGUAAAAUCAGACGUGAUCAACUAAAUUCAAAUGAUAAUCCAAACAGUAACAACAGUUCUGCCAAUUCUGAUUCACCUCGAACAGCUGAAGUCCACGAAAUGAAGUGUGUCAAUAGUGAGGGUGAUGACAAUCACUUCAGCAAUGAACAUUGUUGUGAAUCUCUAUCUAAUCAAAGCAUAUUUUAUAAUCUUUUAACUCGUCUUGAAGAACACUUAGAUGAGGAGAGAAAAACUAAUGCUAAACUACAAGCUGAACUGAUGGAUAAAAGUGGCUAUGAAAAGCAAAUCUCUGAUAUACGUUCCAGUUAUGAAGCUGAAGUACUUCGACUACAGAAUGUAAUAACACGUUUACAGGAACAAUCUCAUGCUAUGCCUAGAAUUCAUCAUUGUGAUGAUGGUGAGAAGUCGACAGAAUCGAAAAUAGGAGAGAUGAAAGAAUUAAUUGCUACACAUAAUAAUAAUAAUAAUAACGACAAUGCAGAUUUACAUAAAAAUCAAAAUCAAAACAAUAAAUGUGUGCGUGAUUUUACAAAUUUUGAAGAAUUAAAAAAAGAAUAUGAAAAGCAAGAAUUGUUAAUCUCUGGUUAUCAACGUGAAAAUGAAAAGCUUUACGCACACAUUAAAAAUUUAAAGAAGGAUACCACAACUGGAACAGAAGAUUCAAAGACUGCAAAACGUCUUACUAGUGAAAAUCUUUCAUUACGCAUUGAAGUGGAACAAUUGAACAAGGAGUUGAAAUUACGUGGUCAACAAAUCUGUACUAUGCUGUCUAGGAAUUCUAGACUGAAACAAGAGAAUCGAAUCAGUGAAUUAGAGGAGGUAAAUAGACAACUGCAAACUGAUAAAGAGAAAAUAUUGAAAGAUUUAGAGGCUACACGUUCAGAGUUGGCAAAUAUGAACUUAAAGGUAAAUAAUCUUGAACGUGAUAAGUCUGGGCUCACUACAGAAUAUGAAUGUUUUAAGCAGAAAUCUCAAGCAGAUUAUCAGAAUAUGAAAGAACAAUACGAAAGUCGAGUUGAAGAACUUCAAAAGAAACUACGCUGGUAUGUUGAAAACCAAGCAAUGAUUAAUAAAGAUACUAAGAAGCUACAGACUCAAGCUAAAGAAUUGGAUAAAUUGCAAAGAGAAUUAGCGUAUUUCAAGAAUAAACAGGCUUCUGAUACCAAGCCGGUUGAAAAGAAACAUCUUGACAAUAAAGAGUUAUCAUCCAAUGAAAAUGGACAAUCAUUUCUCCUUGAACGUAUUCAAUUUCUUGAAGGUGAAUUGGAAAGAGCUCAUGAAAAUGAAAAACGCGCUAUUCGUUCACUUCAACAACAAUAUGAACGAGUUAAACUACAGUAUGAAGAUCGCAUAAAAUCACUCGAAGUAAACAGUCAUAUGAAAUGUACACCAACCUCAAUUCCAUGCCCCACACAACCGCAUACCGAAAACUAUCAAGGAGAAUCAACCCGCAAAGAACAAUACCUACAACGCGAUUCAACAGAAUCAACGCAGAAAUGCCAGUCAGUUAUGAUUUCCAAUCUCCUCUGUAGUUUACGCAAUCAAAUAUGCCAUUUAAAGACACAAUUAAAACAACGCCAAAAGACAAUUGAAGAAAUGAAAUAUCUUGCUGAAAUCAACAACAGUGAUCAUCGUGAUCCAAUGAGACAAUCGGACCAGUUAAUCAGGAAUUCAAAUAUGCGUCGAUCAAAAGUCCCGAUUAUUAAUAAACGAUUCCAGUACCCACGUGUCCAUGAGAUUAAAUCAAGGCAAAUAAAUAUGAUCAAUGAUGAUGAUAAGACAAAAUUAAAUCGUAAGUCGUCAAAAACGAAGAAAGACAGUAAGAUGAUUGAAUGCAUCAACGAAGAUUAUGUUAGCCUGGUGGAAUAUAAUGAAGUGAAAUCUUCAUUACAAACACGUAUUAAAGAAUUGGAGAGUGCAUUAGAGGCCUAUGAAUCACUCAAAUCCGAGUCAACAUGCGAAGUAUCUACAAACACUGACUUCACAACGUUGAACGAUAAGAAAGUGAACGAUUCAUACGUCAAAGCUCUUGAGAUGCAAAUUAAGCGGCAAAUGGAUACUAUCGUCGCUAAACAAAAUGAGUUGAAUCGGUUGAAGCAACGGUUAACACCUCAAAGCAGAUACCCCGUCAGUAGUGACAAUUAUUACUAUACAAAUACUGGACUUUUGUCUGCAUUAAAAAGGAUGAAGGUGAUUAUGAAAUACA